GCUGCCAGCAGUGCUUCACCAGGCUCAGCUCCAGCAGAGCAGGAGAGAGAGGAUUUUUACCUGCAACUAGCUCCCCAUCAGGCACGAGCGUGGGAGGAGCAGAAGAGGAGCAGGCAGGACAAGGCAGUGUCAGGCAUCUCAGGCACAGGGCCAGCAUGGCAUCUCUGCUGGACAACAUAGCCAGACCUUCUGCUGUCAUUUUGCAGCUCUCUGUGGUGCUUGGUGUCAUCUUCGUGCUGCUGAAGGUGGCCCAGUUCUGCAAGGAGAGGAAGAAACUCAUCAAGGCUCUGGAGGCAUUCCCUGGUCCCCCGAAACACUGGCUCUAUGGCCACAAUCACCUGUUAAAUACCACUAAAAUAUUAAAUCAGAUCGUGUCAUGGGGAGAAGAAUACCCCUAUGCCUUUCCCAGAUGGCUUGGACCAGUCCUGCCUUCCCUAGUAAUCCACCAUCCUGAAUAUGCCAAAAGCAUAUUUGGCCAAACAGAUAGCAAGUCUGAUGUACCCUACAAAUUCUUAGUUCCCUGGAUCGGGCAGGGACUGCUGAACUUGGAGGGAACCAAAUGGUUCCAGCAUCGGAAGUUGCUCACACCAGCCUUUCAUUACGAUGUGCUGAAAUCUUAUGUGGCCCUGAUGUCAGAAUCGGUCAAAGUGAUGCUGGAUAAAUGGGAAAAGAAGAACACAGAGAGGAAGUCAGUGGAGAUCUUUCAAGACAUCAGCUUGAUGACGCUAGACAGCAUCAUGAAAUGCGCCUUCAGUUGUAAUACCAACUGUCAGACUCAGAGGUCAGUGCCUAAGCUUUCAAAUUCUGGGAAAGCAAACUAUUAUAUCAGAGCUGUUUAUGACCUGAGCUACCUCAUAAGCAAUAGAAUCCAGACUUUUUCUUACAAGGAUGUCUUCUAUGACUUGACUUACAAAGGCCGUGAGUUUCGGGAUGCCUGCAAGCUGGCCCACACCCACACAGAUAAGGUAAUAAAAGAAAGAAAGAGGUUGCUCUCCAAUGAGAAGGAACUUGACAAGAUCCAGAAGAAGAGACACCUGGAUUUUCUGGACAUUCUUCUUUGUACCAAGGAUGCAAAUGGAGUUGGGCUAUCUGAUGAGGACCUGCGUGCCGAGGUGGACACGUUCAUGUUUGCAGGUCAUGAUACCACGGCCAGCGGGAUCUCCUGGCUUUUCUACUGCCUGUCAUUACACCCAGAGUACCAGCAACGGUGCAGGGAGGAGAUCCAGGGGAUCUUGGGAGACCGAGAUACCAUUGAGUGGGAGGACCUUGGGAAGAUGACUUACACAACAAUGUGCAUCAAAGAGAGCUUGCGUCUAUUCCCACCGGUUCCUUCUGUGUCCCGAUACCUCUCUAAACCUGUCACAUUUCCUGAUGGACGCAGCUUGCCAGCAGGCUGCCAGGUUGGAGUGAACAUAUUUGCUAUUCACAGGAACCGGGAUGUGUGGGAGGACCCUGAGAUUUAUGAUCCCCUGAGGUUUUCUCCGGAGAACUCAGCACAGAGGCACUCCCACGCUUUCAUGCCUUUCUCUGCUGGAUCCAGGAACUGCAUCGGGCAGCAGUUUGCCAUGAAUGAGAUAAAGGUAGCGCUGGCCUUGACCCUGCUCUGCUUCGAGCUCUGCCCCAACCCGUCCAUGCCUCCCACACCGAUACAGCAGCUCAUCCUCAAGUCCAGGAACGGGUUCCACCUGCAUUUGAAGAAGAUUCACUGA